UUCAAGUUUCAACCAUUCACAUCACCCACACAGAUUGAUCACAAACCCUAACCUCAUUCAUCACCGUACCCGCCGCAUCGUCGUCUUCAGAUCCCUCGCCGCCGUCUCCAAACCGCAGAGCAUAAUGGGUUUACUGUGGUGGCGGAAGGGAAAGAAUUCUCAACCGGAAACGAAGUCGGAGAACACGAAGAUUGGUGGUGUAACGGCGGCGGGGAUGAACGGUGCGGUGGAAGUUCCUCGACCUCAAAACGCGAGUAUAUCCAUUUUCGAGUUUGGUUCGGUUGCUGCUUCUACUGAUAAGGUUACACUUGCUGGUUAUUGUUCCGUUUCUGAAGAUCUUGAGCCUUGUCGUUGGGAGAUUCUUCCUGCAAUUGGAUCCAACGCUCCACAGUUUCGCGUUGUUUUCUAAUUAUAUGUUAUGUGUACUCUUGUUUAUUUCGAUGAUGUGUUACUUUGUAUUGACAUGGCUUAUUAGUUAUUAUAUAUGAAUUAUGAA